AUGCUGCUUUGUGUUUGUUUCCUGGUUGUUGCAAGUUUUCGUUCGGUUGUUGGCAAGGACAAUGAGAACGUGUGGAGCAAUCCGGAGAAUGUGGAUGACGUUGGUCCGAACGACUUGUUGCCCAAGAACUCUCCAAACCUCGCAAACACGAGCUUGGCUGAAGUCUUGCGGAAGCGAUCGCCUGCAUCUCUUGUUAUACGCUUUGAGCCGAGUCAGAUCUGGCCAGGUGAUGGCUUCAGUGUCGAAUGCUCUCUCACAGAGGAAAUCUCCGAGCAGGACCACUACAUCGUCAUCAACAAGGAAAACGACGACCAAGAGCUCAUACAGUUGGCUAAAUACCACGGCGGAUAUGAUAGCACAUAUACCUGGACGUUAAGAGGAACUUAUAUUGUGAAUGAAACCGAGGAUCAAAAUAAUGGCGAGUACGAAUGCCAGAGGGGGGCCACUGUGGACGGGAAGCAUUCGAUAGUUGAUCGAGUAGUUGAGGAAAUGACCUACAUCACUUCGGCAAGAGAGCGUGAGAUCAGGACGGUACCUUAUUUAGUAGAAAAUGAGGAAAAAUUCACCCUGCUGUGCUCACUGAAGAAGAAUCGUGACGUGCUACCUGAGUUUGACUUGUUAGUAAUUUAUGAAAAAUUCGGAAAAAAUUCCGUACUGCUGGCGGUUUUCAAAAAAGCCGAAAAUAUCUCUAACGAAAUAUUUAUGAUGGGGAACGUUUCGGUUAGAGCUGACGCUGCUGCAGACCCAACUUAUCACUGUAAAUGGAUUCCCGUUAGCUGGAGCGAGAUUGAAGGAGAUGACUGGCAGCUGGAACCGCUCAUUAUGCGUUAG